AUGCUGUUCUCCAUGAUCUUCAUUGGAGGCUACACUCGGCUCUCUGGCAGUGGCUUAUCCAUGACGGAUUGGCGCCUAGAAGGGCGUCGGCUGCCCUUGACAGAGGAGGCGUGGCUCAAGGAGUUCGAGGAGUACAAGAAGUAUCCAGAAUAUCAGCGGUUACAUGCAGGCAAGAUGGAGCUCGAAGAGUUCAAACGGAUCUACUUUGUAGAAUGGUUCCACCGUAUGUGGGGCCGUACGGCUGGCUUUUUGUUUGCGGGGCCCUUGAUCUACUUUGCAGGGCGCGGUGUGUUGCGCCUGCGCUUUGCGGCCAACCUGACGGGACUUUUCGCUUUGGGUUUGUCACAAGCCUUUGUAGGUUGGUGGAUGGUCCGAAGUGGCUUUGAUCCUCCGGAGCAGCACACGCCCACUUUGGGCCCCAACCAGAGGCCUCGGGUCUCCCCAUAUCGCUUAGCCUCGCAUUGGACAGCUGCGCUCACCAUUUAUGCUGGUUGUGUGUGGAACACCUUGAGCUUGUUGCGCCCCAGCCCUUCUCAGAUCCAUAGCUGUGCAGAGGCCGUGAAGGCUGCUUCGCGCUUGCGCCUUUGGGCCUGGCCGACCACUGCCAUGGUCACGGCCACCCUUCUCAGUGGACCCUUUGUGGCGGGGAAUGACGCAGGACGAGCCUUCAAUACCUGGCCUAAGAUGCUGGAUGAUUGGAUCCCACCAGAAUGGUUGGCCUUCAUAGCUGAGCCCUUCACCAAAUGGAGGGCCAUCUUUGAAGAGACGGCUGUUGUUCAAUUCAACCACAGGAUGUUAGCCUACUCGUCGGUGGCGGCAUCCUUAGGACUCUGGGCUUAUUCAACACAGUUGCCACUCUCUGCAGCUGCUGCCAGUGCCACUGCAGCGCUUCCCAUGGUGCUGGGGGCACAAAUGUUCCUGGGCAUUGCCACGUUGCUGCUCUACGUGCCGACUGAAUUGGGCGUGGCUCAUCAAGCGGGUGGCGUCACCGUGCUCACGGCCCUACUCUUUGUGCUCCACACCAUGCGGCUUCCAGUGUAG